CGGAGCAUGAGGGAGCCAUGAGCCCGCUGCGGGGGUGGCUGCUGGCCGCGCUGCUCUCGCUCGCCCCGCGGGCAGGUCCUGCCACACAGGCCGGAGCGCUGCCGCGGAGGCUCCCGAGGGCCGCAUGGCAGGAAGGGCGGGUGCUCUCCCAAAUCACCCACCCCAGCAGGCUGGUGGGGCAGAGCUCGGGCGGAGAAGUCCCAAAGCAUCAGUUGGACACCAGGGUCAGGCAUGAGCCCGGAGGAGGAGGAGGAAGAGGAGGCGGAGGACCCGGGCUGCACCUGGCACAGGUGAGCUUCAUGGUGCGUGCCUUCGGCUCAGCCUUCACCCUCGAUCUCCGGCUGAACCACCACCUCCUCGCCUCCCACUACGUGGAGCGGCACGUCGGCGCGGGCAGCAACGGCAGCCACAGCACGGGCGCGGGGGAGCACUGCUACUACCAGGGCCGGAUCCGGGGGCAGCCCCACUCCUUCGCCGCUCUCUCCAGCUGCCAGGGCCUGCGCGGGGUCUUCUCGGACGGCCGAGCCACGUACCUGAUCGAGCCCCAGGCGGGCACCGAGCACGGACAGAGUCUUCGACCGCACAUCGUGCAGCGCAUCCCCAGCUGCCCCCGACUGGGCUGCCUCUUCCCUGCGCUGAGCCAGCGUGUCCCGGGUGGGAUUCCAAAGCUGCGGCGGCGGCGGCAGGUCCGCCGAGCCCAGCACACGGUGCACAGCGAGACCAAGUACAUCGAGCUGGCCGUGGUGAACGACCAUCAGCUGUUCCUGCAGCUCCGCAAGUCCGUGGUUCUCACCAGCAACUUCGCCAAGUCCGUGGUCAACCUGGCUGACAUGAUCUACAAGGAGCAGCUCAACACCCGCAUCGUGCUGGUGGCCAUGGAGACGUGGGCGGCCGAUGACCGGAUCCGGAUGGGGCAAGACUCCCUGGAGACCCUGAACGAGUUUGUGAAGUACCGGCGGGAGGGGCUGGCAGAGCACAGCGACACCGUCCACCUCUUCUCGGGUCGGACCUUUCAGAGCAGCCGCAGCGGCACCGCCUUUGUCGGGGGCAUCUGCUCCCCUGCCCGCGCCGGCGGCGUCAACGAGUACGGCAACGUGGCGGCCAUGGCGGUGACACUGGCACAGACCCUGGGGCAGAACGUGGGCAUGAUGUGGAACAAGCACCGCACGGCCGCAGGGGACUGCCGCUGUCCGGACUCGUGGCUGGGCUGUAUCAUGGAGGACACAGGGUACUACCUCCCGCGGAAGUUCUCCCGCUGCAGCAUCGAUGAGUACAACCAGUUCCUGCAGGACGGCGGCGGCAGCUGCCUCUUCAACAAACCCUUGAAGCUCCUGGAUCCCCCGGAGUGCGGUAAUGGCUUCGUGGAGGCGGGCGAGGAGUGCGACUGCGGCUCGCUGGCGGAAUGUGCGAGGAGUGGGGGAAACUGCUGCAAGAAAUGCACCCUGACCCACGACGCCAUGUGCAGUGAUGGGCUCUGCUGCAAGGGCUGCAAGUACGAGCCACGUGGAGUGUCCUGCCGGGAGGCUGUGAACGAGUGUGACAUCCCUGAGACCUGCACUGGGGACUCCAGCCAGUGUCCCCCCAACCUCCACAAGCUGGAUGGAUACUUCUGUGAGAACGAGCAGGGACGGUGCUACGGCGGGCGCUGCAAAACCCGGGACCGUCAGUGCAACGCGCUGUGGGGCCGUAGCUCGGCCGAGCGCUUCUGCUACGAGAAGCUGAACGUGGAGGGGACGGAGCGGGGGAACUGCGGGCGCGAGGGCCUGGGCUGGCUGCAGUGCAACAAGCAGGACGUCCUCUGCGGCUUCCUCCUGUGCGCCAACAUCUCGGGCUCGCCGCGGCUGGGGGAGCUCAGCGGGGAGAUCGCCACCACCACCUUCUACCACCAGAACCGCUACGUGGACUGCAGGGGAGGCCACGUGCAGCUGGUGGAUGGCUCGGACCUGAGCUACGUGGAGGACGGGACGCCCUGCGGGCCCGGAAUGCUCUGUCUCGACCGCAAAUGCCUUCCAGCCACCGCCUUUAACUUCAGCUCCUGCCCCGGCAGCUGGGACGGGAAGAUCUGCUUCGACCACGGGGUGUGCAGCAACGAGGGGAAGUGCAUCUGCCGGGCGGAGUGGACGGGCAAGGACUGCAGCGUCUACGACCCCAUCCCGGAGCCGAAGCCCACGGGGGAGACGGAGCGAUACAAGGGUCCCAGUGGCACCAAUAUCAUUAUCGGCUCCAUCGCGGGGGCCGUGCUGGUGGCUGCCAUCGUCCUAGGGGGGACAGGCUGGGGAUUUAAGAACAUCCGCCGAGGAAGGUACGACCCGGCGCAGCAGGGAGUGUAACCGUGUCCCCCCCAUCGUCUCGUCACCGUCCCUGGUCCCUGUCACCGUCACCGUCCGGCAGCCUGACGGCGUGGGAGCCCCCGGGCCCGUCUGUCCGUGUGCUGUGUGUCCGGCCGUGCUGUCUCCAUCUCUGUGCCCCCACGGCUGAAGGGGAGCAGCGCCUGGGGGGGCCUGGCAGCAGCUCCCCCCCGGUGCUGGCUCAUUUCAGCUCAGUGUCCCCCCGUGUGUCACCCCCCUGUCACAGCCCCCCACUAAACGCUCCCCACUUCUGUGUUG